AUGGGCCCGUCGGAGCAAGUUGACCUGGGUUGGGGCUACAGAGUCCUGCAAAACCAUGAGAUUUUGGGUCGUCCUGGCUUCUCCGGGCAGGAGCUUGGAGGCCCUGGACUAAUUACGGCUACUGACCUGAAGCGGGCGAUGUGGCUUCCACGUUGUCAGAGUGUGGUGGGGGACACCUGGGAUAACUUUGCCUCUCUAAAUGAGUUGGGCCAUGUCCUUGGGAGCCUGCUGGUAGAGGACGGCAUCGAAGUUGCUAAAUUGGCUUUGCUUUUUCUGCUGCUGGAACUGGGCUGGAUUCUUACUGUGGUGUUUGAGGCUUGCUUUGAUCCACCUCUUGAAGUGGAUCCUACCAGGAACCCAAUCAGACACAACAAAAAGGCAGCAGAUCCUGCCCAUCCUGACCUUGCCAGCUUGUUGGUGAAAAACAAGACUCUCUUAGCUGAGCUGAGAAAUCUUCAAAGUAAGCUAUACAUGAAAGAAACAUCUUUGCAAGAGAUGAAGUCUGAGUUAGAGAGUUACAAAGAAACUAAUACCCAGCAAGCACUACAGAUAAUGUCCCUGAGAGAUGACAUCAAGAACCUUCAGGACCUUAUUGAUUCUCUAAUGAAGAUUAAGAUUUUGAAAAACACAAAUUCUCAGAAAUCUGGAAGAUACAACUGGGAUCUAACUGAGAGGGUUAUAGACCUAGAGAACCGUCUAAGGGAACACCUGGUGGGAAGAGAGCCCUUGGAGAGUAAGGCGGAGCUUCUGGAGAAAAGGCGGCCCUGCCCCCGCAGACUCUCUCCCCAUGUGAAUUUGAAAGGACCGCAAGAUUCCUUGGAUGUUUUUCCAGUGAAGGACAAUGAUGAAGUCUGCGGCUUUGAGAGAGACAACGCUGUUUACUCUGAGGGACCACCAAUUGAUGGGCAAACCACCCGAGAUAAGUGUCAACAAGAUUUGAUCCACAAAGAAAAACUAAUGUCUGAGUUGGACAGAGCUCCCUAUUCCUGCGGCUGGGAAACCGGACCUGAGCAGUCGCACCACCAGGAUUUCCUUGGCCAGCUGGCUACUCUCCUGAGUGACAGCAUCGGUCCCAUCCUAGCGACAGAAGAAGCAGUGAAGGAGAGGAUCCAGGAAAUGGGUGCAAACGAACAGUUGUGGAAAUGUAAAACUGAAGGCCUGCAGCAGGAAAUUCAGACGCUCACCAAGAGGCUUGAGCAGCUCUACCACCUUUAUGAAGACGCUGCUGAGGGCUUACCCCAGACCGAAGGGAAUUACACGGGGCCGAAAAGACCUCUGGGACACCUGGAAGGAAAGGUUGCUGUCAACUGCUCUCUGAGGAGCUUAGACGUGGGCAGGAAGAAAGAAAACUCCAGGAUCCGGACUGCCCACACAGAUAAACACAGCAAGUUCAAACAGCUAGAGAUGUUUUUGGAUGUUGAACAGAAUUCCAAGAUGGCUGCAGCCCCAAGAAUGGAGGAGAAAAUUCAGAGACUUCAGAAGCAGCUUAGUGAUUUGAAAUUGUCAAAUAAAAACAUGAAGACUCAACUGACAAGAAUAAAUGUUCUUAAAGACAAAACAAUUGAGAGGCUCAGACAAUCUAUAACAAAAGCUGAAACAGUGAAAGAGAAGACAGCAGCCAAGACAGACAACUUGAAAACCCCAUUGGAUCCUGUGGAGCGGACAGCAAGACCAGAGGAGAGGGCCCCCCAGACGCCAGCCCAGAGCCUUCCGGAGCCUUCCACAGUCAGGGGUGUGCUGAAAGGGCUCUCAGGACGAGAGCAAGAGCUUGCUGACUUCCGGGAAACCAUUAUGAAGAUGCUGGGAUUUAACAGGAAAACAGCAGACAAGGAUGUCAUUAAUCAGCUGAAGCUUGUCAUCCAAAUUUAUGAAAUUUCUAAAAGAUCAAAGAUGGCUUCUCACUGUGGGCCUGGUCAGGCCGAGUGAGCAAGUUCUACUUCUUCAUGCUGUUAAGAAGUUAGACAGCUGCUUCCUACGCACC